AUGCCAGCACGCAGCAGCAGCAACAGCCAAAUCAUGAGGGGAGAGGGGCGGGGAGGCAGCACCGGGCAACAGCCAGUGGCGAGAUGGAGGCGGGACUCAGGUUCCGCACUCCAGCUGCUGGCGUCCCCCCUGGUGUCGCGGUCCCCGUCGCCGAACCCAGAAACGGAGGACGAAGGUCGGAUCACCGACGUGGAGCUGGAGGAGGAGGAGGAGGCCGGCGUACGGUCGGCAGGGCAGGAGGCUGAGGUGCCGACCAUCAGCCUGUCCUCGUCCGAGGAGGAGGAGGAGGAAGCCCAGGAGGACACCGGGACGGAGACGGUGAGUCCGGAGGUCUCCUCGGACGAGGAGGACGAGCCCCGUCGGGCGGCAAAGGCCCGGAUGGCAUUCCGCCGCAUAAGAAGGGCCGCAGCCGGAUUCGGGCGGAUCCGGUUGGGCGACGCAGCGCCAUCAGGCCGCCCGGAGGAGGCAAUGCGUAUACUCGCAACCCGGGCAGAAGUGGUGCGGCGAGUGUUCGCGCAGCGGGCGGUGGCACGGGCAGCCGCAGCAGCCAGGGAGUGGCAGAAGCGGCUGGAUGAGGCUGAGGCUGAAGAGGCAGAAAUCUGGGCACGGCCAGGCCCUCCGGAACAGCCGCCGCUGCAAGCGCCUCCACCGCCUUCGCCAUCGCUGUCGCAACCGCCACCACCGCCGUCGCGCCCCGGGACAGCACCCACCGCCACCACCGUCGCCGCCUCGGCCGCACCCCCACCGCCACCACCCACCACCACCGCCACCACCGUCGCCGCCUCGGGCCGCAGCACCACCACCGCCACCACCGUCGCCGCCUCGGGCUGCAACACCGCUACCGCCACCACCGUCACCGCCGCAGGCACCACGGCCAUUCCAGGCACCACGGCACGGAGCGGAGACACCGCCGCCUCCACCGCCGCCGUGGGUGCCAACGCCGUCGCCGUCGCCAGCAAAACGGCUCGGUGGGGAGCCGGAGUGCUGGGAGAAGGGGCCCUGGGUGUGGCCAGCAUCAGGAGGGCCAGCCGCGCGGCCGCCCAAAAUCGCCAGGCUGACAUCGUGCCCGGAGCCGCGGUCCCCACCCGCCAGGCCGACAGUGAGCCGCCAGCAUUCGGCGGACAGCAGCCCCUGGCAGGAGAUGGCCGAGGAAGAGUGGCCGUCCAGGGUGGCAGCCGAGGCCAGUAG